AAAAAAGCGGCUUUUGUACGUGUACGGGAAAUUUACUAUGGAUAAACCGCGGCUGCAUUGCACAGUGACAGUGCAUGGAAUACAUCGGAAGACGCGCCGCUGCCACACGAUCAUAAUCAUGUUGAUGCGACACUAGAACAUUAAGAAAGAGCAACAUUGAGACGGAUCCUCGCGGCUAUCAAUAAAGUUGAAAAAGAUCAUCAUCAUCUUGGUCGGUUGUGGUGCUUUCCACCAGAGCUAGUAUGAGAGAGCUUUCGGUUUGAUGGUGCAUCUGGUUUCCUCAUCUCGGCUUCUACAUCUGCUCCGCCUCGGUCGCAUGCCAGAUCUGGGAUCUAGAGUCUCUGUUUGUUGUCGGCUAAGGAGUGGAAGCACGAGCACCUGCUCCUGCACAAGGAUCUCUCUCCUACUUGCAUAAGAACUACGAGAUCUUCAUCACACUACUUAUUGAUGUAAGAGAACAACAACAAUACGAACGCGAAAGGGAACAACUCGGACUGGAAAUAGAUUCUCGCCCUUUAUUUCGGAAGCAAAAUGAUAAUAAACCUGGAAUUUGUGCUGGCCGAAAAAAAAUAUACAAAAACGAAAUAAGAACUACAAACCUAGUGGAUUUGACGCCAUGGACAUGGUGAUACAACUACGAUGAACAUGCAGAUGGCACUAAUUGCAAAAACUCCUUUGUUGUGCUACGACUAGCAGGUGCUACUCUUCUUGAAGCCAAAACUACGCCACUAAGUGUACGAUUUGAAGCACCUCUUUAACUCAUCUAUCCUUUUGUUCCUUUUCGAUUUUCUGUUUUAUUUUCGCUGUUCGACUUUACAUUUAGACUCUAGAAUAGAUUAUCAAGUAAGCCAUAAAAUUUUGAUUAUUUUUGUUCGCGAACCCAUUUCUGGGUUCGGGGUCGCUCUCGCUCUCGCUUCAUGGCGUUUUUUCUGACCGGUACUCACGCGGAAGGGAGGACGACGAAUAUGUUGCAGCACACCGUAGGGCUCCCAAAGCGGGGCGACCAGUCAGCAGAAGUUGACGACGCCGCCUCGCAGGAAUGGUUACGGCACGUGCUUCGGGAUUUGUGGCCCUUAAUCAUGCGAUAUGCUGGCCGCCAAGUGAGCCACUCCGUCGAAAGUUUGGUCGUGAAACGUCUGGUAGAAGAAACUUUCCGCACGUUGCCCAUGCCCUUUCAACAGCAAGAGAAAAGGAGAGGACAUCCAGCGCGGCAAGAAGACGGCACUGGCGCUGGCGCCUCCAACCUCUCUACUGCACCAUCAGCUCAGGACCAGGAGGACCACGCCGACCUAACGCAUUGGGCAAACAGUGUGUUUGCGCACAUUUGGCCCAUGAUAGAAAGCACUCUGCAGGAUGUGAUCGAAAAGCAGAUAACCCCCGAAAUCGAGAAGACUCUUCCUUCCGCAAUCGGCAACUGGAAGGUGGCCAUCAACGCAAACUUGGGGGACCGCCCCUUCAGUGUCCGCAGUAUUACGACGCUGCCCCUGCGCACGGACCCGGAAACCGGUAGAAAAGAUCUAGACAUUUGCCUCGACCUCAGUCUCGACCAGCGCUGCCGGAGAUCCGUCACGAGCGAGCUGGACGCGCCGGCAAGCGGAUUACAACUUCCUGUGGACCACGGCGCAAAAGGCCGCGGCGAGAAAGGUGAUGAUGUUGUUGGACCCGAAAGUUGCUGGACAGGACCUUCGAAAUGCGCGCAACAAAGAAAACAACCAGCGAACAUCAAGCCGCUUGCAGAUGAAUUAGAAGCAACAUCAUCAGUACUAGAGGAUGAAAUGAUCGACCUGCUUCACAUAGUCGUCGGACCUGCAAAGUGCCUUGUCCGGAACUUCUUUUUUCACGGGAAGCUUUUCCUCACUCUGAACGACAUCUCAUCUGAGCGCGCGCCCUUGUUUUGCGCAGGCCUCUCGGCGUACUUCACGAACCCGCCAAAGAUCGAAUUUGAUUUGGAUUUUGGCGGAGUCGCGAAGCUCGCCCCCGGUAUCCAGUCCCUGAAACCGACCAUCGUAGACGCUAUCCAGAGCGCCAUCGGGAAAGCCUGUGUGCUGCCGAAGCGGCUCACCUACAUUUUGGACAGUACAACGUCGGAUCCAGUGGCUGUGGCGGAGGACGCUAACAAGAACGCCGACGGAACAGACAACAUCGGCGAUCUAUUGCGGGAACUCAAAAUUGGCGACCACGAUGAAGAUCAGUCCACGAGUAGUACGUCACAUGCAAGAGCCCGCGCGGGUGCAGGUCUAAGGGAGAAAUCCGGCAAAUCUACUGCAACAUCUUCGUUUUUCCGCAAGAUUCCCUGUCGCGACCAUGCGGAGGUCAUUUAUCCGAUGCCGAAGGGCCAGUUGACGAUACGUGUGUUGGAAGCGCACAACUUGCGGGGAGACGACUGGGGCAUUUGUACCCUGUUCACGGGCGUGAAGACCAGUGACCCCUACGUGCGUGUGGCAAUUGGGUCGCAAAACUACUGCACGCCGACGAUCCCGAGGAACUGCAACCCAAGCUGGAUGCCGAAAACGACGAAAGCGAAGCAGGGCAACACCAAUGGCACAGUAGACAAUAAAAAGAAGAAGCCCGGCGCCAAAGGAGCUUCUUCAUCUGGGCCUCCCAGUAACAAGAAGGACGCUUCUGCUUCUAACGUCGUGAAUGCGGUUCUCAGCGCUCCCUCAUCUACACACACGACAAGUGGAAGUGUUGGCACUGGCAGCACAGAGCCGUCGUCAAAAAUGCAACAAGUGGAGUCGAUGGAGCGCGCGCACCGGCUGCACCCAAUGGCGGAUGUCACACAGGUGGAGGGGUUCUCGUUUCUCAUCGACAGUCCCGAAAGACAAACGUGCGAGAUCUCCGUCUGGGACGAGGACGUUUUCUCGGGCGACGACCAGAUCGCGAAGACCAGUCUGCAGGUGAUGGAUCUUGUGCAGAACUGCUAUCGGGACGACCUAGAAGGUGCCACGCACAGCUUCAAGAAAAAUCAUAGGAAAAUACGACAAGAAACUGACACUCUUCGUGUCCGGCGGUACGUGAGUCAACAGUGGUACAGUCUUCUUACCGUCGACCAGACGAAGCACGGUGACGAGCUCGUGUUUCGGGAGUCUGCCCGUAUUUUGCUGCGCUGCGAGUGGCAGUCGGUGGAUCGUGCGAGCAUCGAACGUGAGGGCAGCUUCAUGAUGCGUCAGUUUCCCACGGCGUUUCCCGCACCUGCUGAAGAUCGCUUUCUUCUCCGAGUUGGGCUUGACCGAAUCCAGAAUGUGUAUGACUUCUCCGGCGUCCGGCUGCAAAUCAAAACGGUCCGAAAGGAGCAAAAAAAUAACCUCCGUUGUAAAAAUGAAAGAAAACAACUGCAAGAAGCACCAGCAUCACCAAGAGAAAAAGCCACGUUAAACAAGUCGGCAUCAACGCGAGCGGGCGCUACCACGGCAGCGUCAAACCAGUACGAUACGUCGGUGCACCGCGUGCUGCCCCCUAUCCUGGACCCGGCCAUUCUGGCCGAGACUAUGCACGACAUUCAGAUGAUGAAGGACCGCGGCAUACCGACGGUUUUUAUUUGCGAAAUCCUCGGCGUGGACCUGGAUUUGGUGGAUCAGCGGGCCUUCGGCCUCGCACAAAUCGACGAGGUGUUCUGUAUUGUGCUCCAGGACCCGAGAUUGGAAACCUUGGUGAUCGACGUUUUUGGGGUGGACCUGGAUCAUGGGGACGACCCCCAGGAGCCUGACGAAUGGAUCGGCACAUUCCAAUACCCCUUGAGCCGCCUGCUGCGUGAGCGCUCCAACGUGCAGGUCAUCAAGCAGGAGGUAGCGCCGCGCCAAGAACUCCACGGAAGUCUCGAACUCGUACUGUUUGAGGAGGAAAAGGUGGAGGACGUGUAUAUUGACAUUGAGAAAGAACUAGGAGUGGGCGGUAGGAUGCAAAGAGAGCAGCAGCGGGCAUUUCUACGUGGCGAGCAGCCGCAGCCUCCUUCAAGCGACACGGACUUCGAGGGAGAAGUAGUCCACCAAGAGGUACAGACUCGACGAAAGGGGCCGUUUAUGGUUCGAAAGUCUCCUACACAAGAGUUUUUCAUGGAGCAUUGGCAAACGAAACCUACUCAAGGAACAGAACCUGACCCAGAGCAAUCCCCGGCGAAGAGCAAUCAUCAGCGCAGUGAUGCGGUCGAAGUAAAGGCUUUUCCACCAGGUGGCCGAAAAAACGAAGCUGAGACUUCCAGAGCACGAGUUGUCGACACGAAUACUCCAGCGACCGAGCAGAAAGCUAACGCGCAUAAGAAAGGGACGGAUUCUGGUCGUGAUCCGGGGCACCAACAUGAUUUCCUGGCGGUUUUGAUUGGCACACUGUGGCCGUAUGUGAUCGAUUACGCGGUAGACCAGAUUUGUCUUGUCGCUCCGCAGUCAGGACCGGCUGCGCAUACGGUGCUCGACGGCCUCCCCUCCCCGACGCCGUUCGGAACGCACUGGCUGAACACGUUGCUGAAGAACCUUUGGUCCGUCGUCCAAACGGUUAUCGAGGACGUGAUCCAGUCGCAGGUGCUGCCCCAAAUCCGCGCGAAACUCCCCACUGCCGUUCGCAACAGCGUCACGCUCAACUUGGUGUGCGAUUUGGGCCAGAAUCCGCCCAAAUUAAGGAAGUUGUAUGGUCGCAGCCGGGUAGAAGAAACUACUAUCGGCGCUGCGUAUGGAGGGCAGCUGAAGCACAAGAAGGAGCGGCGACACUUUGACCUGUUUCUCGACCUGGACGGCGAUUUCUCGGAGGGCUCGAAGAUCGGGCUGACGAUAGGUAGUAUCCACGUCGGCGUGGAGAACUUGCGCGUGAGGGGGUUGUUUGUGCUCGCACUGAACGACCUGAUUGACGAGCCGCCGUUUAUUCAGGGCCUGUCCGCCUAUUUCGUCAAUCCGCCGGCCUGCGACUUUCGCUUUGCCGGGGGGCUCGACAUUCUGCACCAGGUCAACCUGUACCCGAUCGUGGAGUCCAGUAUCACCGACGCACUGGGGCAGUUGUGCGUCUUGCCCAAGCGGCUGGCGGUUCCGCUGGUAGAUGUAUCCAUGGCGCCUUCUAGUGCUGCUAGCGGUGAUGUUGGCAAUGAUGCUUGUUCAGGAGCAGGCCACGAUGCCGGCAAUGCCCAACAUGGCAUUAAGAACGUCGAAACUCAAACUGCCACUACAUCAACCUUGUCUCCUCGAAGUCAGUUGGAACGGGCACUCAGCACCGAUACCAUUGCGCCCCCCGCGUUCACAAACUCCAAGAAACUUGUGGUGGACCACAAUGGUCUUUCGCCAUUGGUGGAACUAGAGGCAUCACCCAUGAUGACGGCAACACAGAGGGCGGCGGAUAAAGGCCUGAAGCUGCCGGACCUAUUGGCGCCCAUGCCGGAGGGAAUUCUGCGAGUUCAAGUGCUCUCCGCUGAGAACCUGCGGGGCGAUGACUGGAACUUUCCGUGGUCGCUCUGGAGCGGCCGACGCACUUCCGAUCCGUAUGUCCAAGUGUGUGUCGGUAGCAAAGUCUACCGCACCGCGACAAUUAACGGCGAGAAUGAAAGGCCACUGUGGACUAGGACGACGAGCAAUGCCCGUACAGACGGUGACGAGUUUGUCUUCCUUGUGGAGGAUUCUUCCAUCCAGACUCUGAGUUUGCAGAUUUUCGAUGACGAUAUGUUUUCGGGCGACGACAAAAUCGCAGAGCGUGCGAUUAGUCUUGUGGAAUUGCUUCACCUCGUAAAAAAAACGGAGGCGGAGGAGCGGAAGCGGGAACGAGACAAGAUAGAGCAGGAAAUCAUGUCAAAAAUGGGACGGGAAAAAAACAACAAGGCGGGUCAGCAGGACACUGAUCUCUCGCGUAUUCUCGAAGCCGCGAAAACGCGCAACCCUUUCGAGUUUUCGAAGCUGCUCCUGGACCAGUGGCUUCGAAACCGUGGCUACCCCGGGCUGGUGCGAGACACGCACUUCGUAUCCACAGGAAAAAACCCCUCCACAUCCAUUUUUUGCAUGACAAACGCAGGACUUUAUGUAUGUUUAGCAUGACAAAUUGGAUGUGGAUGGGUGUUUUUUCCUGGAUACUUCGCUGACGAAACGCAGAGUGUCCUGGCAGUGCACGCGCACCGACCGCAGCCCGGCCCCGCCCGCAUGUUCACGUCAGCCGCAGCAAAUGCCGCUAGCCACCAGUACUUCUGGAAAAAGGCACAGGAUGUCGAUGAUUUUUCCCAGGGUUAUUUGGAAUCUUUGGACGAGGAGUACGAACUGUCUGCUUCCCUAAUCUACCCUGAGACGACGUCGACAUCAAUUGGUGUCAAAGAUGCGAAGCCACUUGUUCUCAGCAGCACCGCGAAUCAUGAAGAAGAAUGCGCGCCGUCAGUAUCUGAGUUGCCGUCUGAGACCCCGUCCCUCGACUCCGAAUUUCGUCUCGAGGAGGAACGGCUUGUGGUGACGCGGUUUCUCUUUGGCCCGACCUCGAGCUACUCCUCCAUUGGCCUCGCGCAGCUGCUCAAAGAAUACCGCCAGGCGGUGAUGAGGUUACUGUCGACGUUUCUCGGAUUUGUGUUGGAAAUGUUCUUUUUUUCCGGGACUGGUCCCACAGGGCUGGCGUCCGACAGAGCGGUGAAACAGCAGACCUUCGCUCUGCCAAAAAAGUCGGCAGAAUGGCAGCGACUGAUGCCGGUCGCGACCACUUCGUUGGCGUUUUCCGAUACGCAGCGACUCACGCAGGUGCUGCAACAGCAGCAAGCCAACACGACGAUUGCGGACGAGCAGGUGAUGCAGAACGAAUCGUGGAAGAGGAAGAAAAGCAGUAACUCGUGGUCCUCUUUCGCGGACGGCCAGAACAACCAAGCCUGCUCGGCCACCUGCGAGCUGCCCCUCACCACCGUGUGCCAAGACGAGAAGGGCAACGAAGUGCCGGAAAUCGACUUCGUCGGCGAAAAGAUGCUCUCUUUGAUGAACAAAGACAGGGAUGACCACGCUGGUGGUCGUGCAGCCGGGAAAACAAGCCCACACAGGAAUCGUGCGGCACGGCGCGGCGAAGGCAACUACACACUGUCCCAUCGUAGUUCUUCGUUCCGCUACUUCAUAUCGCGCUUGCGUCGCCGGGUCUCCAGAGGUGCGCGCUUACUAGUCUACGCGGCGCUUGCGGCGUUGGUUGCUUUGGUAGGCAGUGGCUACCCUUGGACAACGGUCGUGCUCGGGUUCGCUGGAGCGCUCAUUUACCUGUCCCUCUUCGACAUUGGCGACGUCGUGGACGGUUUCUUGAACGCGCUGCGUUGCCGCCGUGAUCCGGUGAACAAGAUCCCAACGCUGCACGACUCUCGAGUGCAUGUUCGUGUUACUUUUGAGCCGCUGUGUAGCAGCGUUCCGCCGUCUUUUUCAGAACCCACCUUUCUCCGAAGCGAUAAACCGCAAAAGCAGCUGCAUCACGAAAACCUGUCCGGCAACAACUCAAAUGAAGAUGAUAUUCAUCUCUCGCGACCAACGAUUCUUUUAGAUGGCGAGGUUCUGGAGUUUGGCAAUCGUCCCGAAGAAGAUGUCCUUCUCGAGGAGCGCGUCAAGUCCCCGCGUCUACGGGUAGAUGACGCCAAAGGACGGGACGAGGAUCAAGGGCUUGAUGGCCUCCUAUCUUCGCAACCAGAGAUCACCGCCGUGCUCCGAGUGUCGAUCGGCGCAGUAAAGUCCCUCUGCGAACUAUCGCGCUGCAGUGGCAGUGCUCGCGUGAGCUUGCGAGAUGGCACAUCGAGGUUUGGUGCCUUCGCGAAUGAAAUAGCCGGGGGUAAUAUACUUGACAAGAAAGGUGCUGCGAUUCGUAAGGAACGAGAACGUCUUCACGGUCCGAAGCAGUACAUCACGAGCUGCAUUUCGAUGCGGUCGCCGUUGCUGGACAACGAUUUUUUGAACGCGACCUUGACCCACGACGCGCCAAAAGAGGACACGGAGAAGCUUUUGCAACGGGAAACCCGACUGAAGCAAAAGAUCGCGCUGCUCUAUCAUUGCGCGGAAAAGAUCAGCGCUGCUGGUGGAGCGCGAGGGCAGAUCAGUGAUAGGAGAAGGCAGGAGAAGAUGAAAAAAGAGCUGCAUGAUUCGAAAAUGGCAGUAAAUCGAAAGCCCUUAGAUGUGGCGAUGGUUGCCGAUGCGUGCAACGUCGACGAAGACGUAGUGCGAGUUUACGGCCGCCAACUCUUGCUGGAUCACCACGACCAGGGAUUUGCUCGCAAACGGACGCAGGGAACAACAAGCAAAGACGCGAAAAAAACCGCCGCUAUUAUCGGGGAUGCUGUCAUCAACGAGUGCUUCACGUUUUUGGUCCAUGGCGACCCCAAGAAGGCCACCGCGGUCGUCGAGCUCCUCGGCGAAAAUGACCUUGUAGUCGGCCGCUUGGAGUUCAAACUCAUGGAUCUUUUUGCAACAAGUACAGGAGAUGAAGAUAGUACCAAGAACAGCGACGACGCCCUACUCGUCAAGACCUUUGUGGCAGAGCCGCUCGUUGUUGCGGAGCAAGCGUCUACAACUAGAUCUUCCGAUGGAGCUUGUUCGGAUGUUGCAAAUGUCGCCGACGAUGAAAAUAGGCUGCGAACAAGAAAUCAGAAACAGACGACCCGGAACAACAUCAUGUCAGAAGCAGCGGCACUCCGAAGCGACAUUCUUGACGGGAACAUCGUGCCAAAGUUGAGCGCCCACUUUCAACUCUCACUCAUUGUCCAGAAAAAUUACAAGAAUGUCCAUCACACCUAA